AUGGGUACCUCAGCAGGCAAUAUUGUCACUGGUCUUAACCCGACCGAUUUCAACAAGGCCAACCCGUUCCCGCUCUUCGUCAUCCAGGCCACCAUUAUCAUCAUACUAUGCUACCUCUUGCAUUUUGUCCUGCGGAAACUCAAGCAACCCCGUGUCAUUUCUGAAGUCAUCGCAGGCAUCCUGCUUGGCCCAUCCGUCUUGGGCCGCAUACCCGGCUUUGCUUCCACCAUCUUCAAGGCCGAUAGUCUUCCCUUCCUGAACCUGGUCUCCAACAUUGGUCUAGUCUUUUUCCUCUUCCUGGUCGGCCUCGAGCUCGACCCUUCUUUGGUCAUGAAGCGUGCAAAGUUUGCCCUUGGCAUUUCAUUAGCCGGUAUGGUUCUCCCUCUCGGCGUCGGUGCUGCUGUCAGUUACGUUCUCUACGAAGAGAUGGGCCCAGACAACGACGUCGGUUUUGGUCAAUUCCUGCUUUUCUGCGGUGUGGCCAUGGCCAUUACGGCCUUCCCUGUCCUCGCUCGUAUCCUUGCCGAGCAAAAGUUGCUGACUACUAAGGUCGGCUUCUUGACUAUCUGCGCCGGUGCCGUCGGUGACAUUGUUGCCUGGAUCCUUUUGGCCCUCGUCGUGUCGAUUAUCAACAGUGCCAGCAAGAUUACCCCUCUCUACGUCGUCUUGCUCUCUAUUGCUUGGAUCCUGAUCCUCGCCUUCCUGUUCCGCCCCCUUUUCAAGUACAUGAUCAAGAAGACCAAGUCUGAGGACGAGCCUAGUCAGACCAUGAUGGCGUUCACUAUGGUCGUCGUCUUGGUCAGUGCCUUUGUCACCGAUAUUAUCGGUGUCCAUGCCAUCUUUGGCUCCUUCUUGGUCGGUCUCAUUAUCCCCAACGAUACCAGUUUUGCCGAUGGCGUGACCAAACGCAUUGAGGACUUGGUUUCGGUCAUCUUCCUCCCCAUCUACUUUGCCCUCUCAGGACUCAAGACCCAGAUCGGACUAUUGGACAAUGGCAGAAUCUGGGGUCUUGUCAUCCUGACGACUUUUGUCGCCUGCUUUGGAAAGAUUGUUGGAUGCACUGGUGCUGCAAAGCUUCAAGGAAUGGAGUGGAGAGAAUCCCUCGCGAUCGGUUUCCUGAUGAACUGCAAGGGUCUUAUCGAGCUCAUCGUCCUCAACAUUGGAUACGAUGCCGGCGUUAUCAACGACAAGGUCUUUGUCAUUAUGGUUGCCAUGUGUCUUAUUACCACUUGUAUGACCACCCCAGCCGUGUCAUACAUCUACCCUCCCCACUACCAGCGUGCCUCUGCAUUGCGAGCCCUGGCCAAGGAGAAGGCCAAGAACGGAGACAUUGAGCGCAACGACCACGUGGAGGACGCCGAGAUCACCAACAAGGGUAUUAUGUUGUGCUUGGACAAGAUUCAAAACCUGCCCGCGAUGAUGACUUUCCUCGACAUGCUCCACUACGCCGUCCCAAAGUCAGAAGAGGCAGCAUCCAGCGGAUCCGCUAUCUCUGGCCAUGGUGCCCACGAUCUUUCGAGCAACAUUGUCACCUUUGCGCCUGCCCCUCCCAAGUCCGGACCAUCUUUGUUGGCUCUCCGUCUCUUGCACCUGUCCGAGCGUAGUUCGUCCGUCCUGAUGGCAGCUACUGAGCGCGCCGAUGUUCUUAGUCGAGAUGCUCUUAUGACAGUUUUCCAGGCAUUCGCCAAACUGAACAGCAUCCUUAUUCAACCUCGUAUGACCCUGUCGACCGACCCCGAUGACUUUGCCAACAGUAUCCGCGAUGAAGCUACCGACAGCGGUGCUGGUGUAAUCAUCAUCCCAUGGAACUCGAGCUCGCUCCCUGAACUUUCUUCCAACAUUGCUGAAGGAAGCGAGAACGCCGUCCUUCCCCGCCCCGUUGUCACUUCCAACACACCUUUGGUCAGCCGCCUUCUCAGUACUGCUGCCGACUCAGGCCUCGUUACUGCUGUCUUUGUCGGCAGAGAUUUCGGUGGCGGACACUUCAUAACCAUUGUCGUGCCUCUGUACGGAUCCCAGGAUGAUAAAGAGGCGCUCAAGCUUGCCUCGUCAUUGAGUCACAACAGAGCUUGCAACAUUCUCAUUGUCCGAAUCCAGGCGGACAAGGCGUCUCAGUCCGGCGUUGAGGGAGAGACUCACAUUGAGGUCGACAGCCUUUCGAUCACUUCAGAAGACGAUAACGACGAGAAGAAAACGAGCAUUCCAGACGACAACAGCGCAUUGGUUCGCGACUACUUUGGUCACCGUGUGUUUGCCGAGAAGCGUUCGAGCAAGAAGAGAACAAGUGGCACUUUGGACGUUGGAACUGAGGUCGGAGAUAACGUUUAUGUCCACCAAGCGCCUACUCUUCAAGAUGCCAUUGGGUUCUCCAAGUCUGUCCUUGGUCCUCGCGACCUUUUAGUUCUUGGACGCGGAUCGACUGUCAAGCCUGGUCGCUUCAGCUCUGCCGCCUCCACCCAUACUACUGAGCCAUCGACUGUCCUUGCCACCGGAUCUCAAGGAUUGCAUAUCAGCACCUCGGCCCAACAUUUCCAGCCUUCUCCAAUCGGAACCCCAGCGGCUACUAAUGUCGAGAACCCGUUUGGAGAGACCUCUGCCCUUCGAUCUCGCCAUACUCUUCGUCCUCAGCCUUCGUCCCGCGACAUUCAUCACGCCUCGAUGACCGUAUCGAACAUUGUUGGCGUUGUUGCUCAGUCGUUCCUGAACUCUGAGGUCGUGAGCUCGUUGUUGGUGGUCCAGUCGGGCAAGCGAUCCAGGGCUUCGUCGAUCCUCCCUGGACCUCUCAAGACCAUUCACUCCAAGGAGAUGAGCGGUGACCACAAGCCCCCCUUGGAAUUUGAAAGCGAGCAUUCGUAG